AAAAAAAAAAAAAAAAAAAAAAAAAAAAAAAAAACUCGAACUCAGUUAACUCGAAGUGCCGCCGUCUGCCUCCAUCAGACUAGUACCCCUUUGCUCGAUUAUUCCCGCCGUCUAACUCUCCGGCAUCUGGGCUUAGCUUUUCUCCGAUACCGGAAUUUUUGGGUAGCCAAAUUUCUGCAAUUGCUUUUCAAAGAAAUCGGUUAGGAAUCUCUUCUCCUUCUUCUCUCAACGGUUGAUGACCACCUAGGCAAAUUAUUCUCAUCGGAAGAGUAGACUUCUAUGGCUCUUUCAACUUCCAGAAGACUAUUGCGCUCUUUUGGCUCGUUAUCUUCCUUUGCCCGCUGCUCCAUUAAUUCCCCAACUCUAACCUGCCCAUUGUUUGAUGCUUUUCAUGGGGAUAGCUUAAAGUCUGCAGACCCUUGGGCCAUUUUCAAGGGUGCUGGGUCAUGUUUCUAUUAUCAAAGAAAGCUUUCAACUUCUAUCCUAACUCCUGGAUCAAGUGAAGGUGCAUUUCCUUCUGAUUUAUUGUCCACGAAGCCUUUGGUGGCACCAGAAAGAACUAUAGGACUUUGUCAGGACCUGGUCAUUCCAGUGACAAAUUUUCAUAAUGAAGACAAAGGCUUCAUGGUUUUGGCUGGUGAUGUAUUUGAUGUACCUAUUAGGAAGGACAUUAUUCAUCGUGUAGUCCUAUGGCAGCUCGCGAAACGCCAACAGGGAACACAUUCGACUAAAACUAUUAGUGAGGUUAGUGGAACUGGAAGAAAGCCAUGGAGACAGAAGGGUACUGGUCGUGCACGGCAUGGAACUUUACGUGGCCCUCAGUUUAGGGGAGGUGCUAUAAUGCAUGGUCCUAAGCCCCGAAGUCAUGCUUUUAAGUUGAAUAAGAAGGUUCGACGGCUAGGGCUGAAGAUUGCUCUGACAGCUCGUGCAGCUGAGGGAAAGCUUCUGGUUUAUGAGGACUUAGAGUUACCCACACACAAGACCAAGAAUAUUGUGAACCACAUCAAGGAAAUGGAGAAUACCAAGAAAGUUCUGCUGGUCGAUGGUGGUCCCAUAAGUGAAAAGCUGAGGUUGGCGACACAAAAUUUACAUUAUGCGAAUAUACUGCCCUCAAUUGGUUUGAAUGUCUACAGCAUUCUGCUGCAUGAUACACUAGUGAUGUCCCGUGAUGCAGUGAAUAGAAUCGUUGAGCGAAUGCACACUCCAAUUAACCGUUAAUGUCUCUAAUCCUCCAUCAAGAAGAAGAAAAUGAAAUUAGCCACACAUUAUUUUAUUUUUCUUUCGUUUAACUUUGUACCAUGAACUAGGAAUUUUGGAGUUAAAUUUUCGUUUGAGUUUCACAUGAAUGCGGUCUGUUCUUUCUUGAUAAUGGCUUUAUCCCAUUAAUUGUAUUGUCGUGCUAUUUAUAGUAAUGGCAUGUGGAAUGUCGUCCACCCAACAAAAGGAAGCAUCUGAAUAAAAUUUUAGCUAUUUUUCAUUA